GGGAACGAAGCUGACAAACGCCAAGCCCAGUCCAAUCGAACAUCUACUACUGGGAGGCCUCUGCGAACUACGAGAGAUUAGAAAGAACCGCUCCAGCAGCAAUUCGGGAUCGUCUGGACCAAAACAAAUCAUGGUUCACCGUCAGCCUACGGUUCCGACCUACGAUGCGCAACCCUUGACGGACGCUUUUACGGCCAAUCGGCGUUUGCAGUACGCAGUGCUGCGCAAUUUACGAGAACUCGCGCUUCAAAAGGCAAAUAAUCGUGCGCAAGCCGCCAAAUUGACGGCACAGGCGAGUCGUCGGCGAAUGGAGGCGUUAUGCGUUCCCGCCGUUAUAGGAAACCCUUACCGGCACAGUAUCUGGAAGAAUCGAGGUUUCUUCACGGGACCGGAUGGAAGUACCCCUCCACCAAAUCCAGACACACUGAAGAGGAGAAAGCUGGAACAGGAAUCCUUCUACUAUCACUUGCAGCCUCCGUGGUCGAGUAAGGAAUCCAAUACGCUUUCUUCAAUCGUCCAACAUCUGCGGAUUGAAAGCACCACUGAAGAGGCGAUUAUCGAGGGACAAGAGCAACAAAUUGACUUUUUGCAAGUAGCGGAGCAGCUACAACAGCAACGCGUUAAAAAUGUAUCGCUUAGCUCGUCGCUUCCGAAAACGGCACUUCCGAGAACCGCAGAGGAAUGCCGUGUGCACUAUGAGCAGCUCAUCAGAAAACGAGAUAUGAUAACCAAAGCGGAAUUGCAACGCAUUGUCGAGCAAGUGGAAGCUGCAUCGAAAACACCUGAUUGGUUUGCCAUAGGAAAGGAGUUAUCCACUGCCACAAAACAAAGGACGGGAUGGGAAUGCUUUCUUGCGUACCAAAAUAUGCUACGCCAAUCAUGCCAAUCGUCCACUAUAGUGUUUACCGCCGAGCAGGACGAACUUCUACUGAAGUACGUAGCAGCCAUGGGUCCUCAACUAGUCCUGGAUGGAUCGCAAGUAGCUUACAUGGCUGCGAAUAUUGCGCCCGACAAACCCAGAUCAAAAAUAUUCAAACGACUCAAUACCUCCCUGCUCAACCCUAAAUUAAAGCACGACGCAUGGAGUGACGAAGAAGAGCGUAAAUUGGCCAUUGUGAUGAAGAUGUACAAAAGCUCACCCGGAAAUGAUUUGCACCAGCUCGUUUAUCAUCUGCCGGGCCGGAGCAUGAAGUCCGUGGUUGAUAAAUGGCAUAGAACUUUGAAUCCGGUUUACUCAACAAUACCGUUCACGGCGGCAGAAGAUGAAGCUCUUUUGCAGGCUGCACGACAAGAGGAAUCAAGAGAGCGAAGGAGGCAUUGAGAAGAGAAUAUCAAGAAUCUACGGAAUUCUAAAUUCUGUUUGGACAAACUUAGUGUCUCUUGCUCUAAAGUACAGCUGGCUCCCCUU